UUCCCACCCGUGGAUCAGAGUCGUUUGUCACACAGCUAUGUGAACAGUUGUGCCUUCAGGACACAGUGACCAUCUUCUGUGCGCGACAGAGUUGAUUUUAGCAGUUUACAGCAGCCACGACGGAAAUAGUGAAGCGCCUUUGAUAAGAGUGGCGGGUGGUUUUCUCGGCAGUCAUCGAAGCUCUCCAUCGCUAAGCGCCUUGCUGUUUUUUUUGUCUGCCUCGCUCAAGUGUCCACGAUGUACAGAAGCUUCAUUGCCGGUUAUGCAUCCGCUCGUGAGAAGUUUCACCACCUGAGUGAGACAGCUGCGUGGCUAGUACUGUCCUACCUAGCCUGGGCGCUCGUCGUUCGACCCACAGUUGUGUGGUUCCGAAAGUGGAGUGCGCUGAGGCAACUGCCUGGACCCUCGGACAGAAUUCCUUUCUGGUAUUCAAUUCGCACCUAUUGGGAAAAGAGCCGAUCGAAUUCUGUCAAGGAUGCUACGUGCGUGUUCUUUCAGCUUAUUUGCGACGUGUGUCGACAGUACAGAGGAACGACCUUCAAAGCCUACCUCGGGAUGACACCGGUUGUAGUGCUGCACACUCCAGACGCCGUGCAGACUCUCUUGACGAGCAAGACGAACCUACGCAAACCUGUCGUGUACAACUUCCUUGCGACGUGGCUGGGAGAGCACAGUACGCUAACGUCCGUCGGCGACAUGUGGCGGUUCAAGCGGCGCCUGCUGACUCCGGCGUUCCACUUUAAAGUACUGGAUAGCUACAUCAGCGCAUUCAACUACAACGCCACGCUACUUGUGGAGCGUGUGGACAGGCUGAACGCAAAGCACCCGAACGAGCCCAUACCGGCCUUCCGCCUUUCCCAAAACUGCGCCCUGGAUGUGAUUACUAAAGUCUGCAUGGGAGUCGACUUGGGUUCGCAAUUGGACACAACGGAGCCGAUAUUCGCCAAUCAUUUUAACAUGUUGAUGUUCUUGAUUGGCGUGCGCAUCUUUCGUCCCUGGAUGUGGCCCGACUUCUGGUACGCGAGGACAAGCGAGGGUCGACUCUACUAUAAAUCUAUUCGGGAGAUGGAGAAAUACACACUAGAGGUGCUAGAGCGGCGCAAAGGCAAGCUGCAACAGAUCGCCAAAGAGAUGGAAAGCAUGCCGGGUGACUGUGGCGAAGGAGAUGACCAAGUGCAGGACUCUGUCGUUGUUGACCGAUUUCUGAGGACCCACCUGCGAGACAGCCGGUACAGCAUCUACGACGUCAAGAAGGAUAUCGAUUCCUUGCUGUUCGCGGGCACCGACACUACUACAUCAGCAGUUGGCUGGGCUUUCUAUAUGUUAGGACUGCAUCCUAAGGUGUUGGCAAAGGUCCACGAGGAGCUUGACGAUAUUUUCUGCGGGGACAACGAGAGGGACAUCACUGGAGAGGACCUCAAGCGGCUGAAGUACCUGGACAUCUGCUUCAAGGAAUCACUCCGACUUUUCCCGUCUGUUCCAAUCAUCGGAAGAGUAUUGGACGAAGAGAUGGAAGUAGAUGGAUACAAGAUUCCAAAGGGAGUCACCUGUUUCGUCAACAUAUACAGCCUCCAUCGCAAUCCCGAGUACUUCAAGGACCCGGAACUCUUCAUACCGGAGCGUUUCUUGACGCCAGAAGUCCGGAAUCGCCAUCCGUUCAGCUACAUACCGUUCUCGGGGGGCCCCAAAAACUGUCUAGGUCAGCGCUUCGCGCUGAUGGAGGCCAAGACGAUUAUGGCCAAGCUCCUUCGCAAGUACACGCUCGAGUCAACAAGGCCCGUAAGUGAACUGAGGAUCACGUACGAAGUUAUUCUCAAGGCCAGAGGAGGACUGCGCAUAUUUUUCCGAAAUAGAAGUCACGUCGAACGUGCGGCCAAACUCGCCGAUUUCGAAGACAGGGAAACAAACUACGGACUGUGAACAGCACUCUUUUUUUGUUUUUACAGUGACGGUGCUCACAUGUACAUAUUUGAACUAUAACUGGCGAAGACGUGGCGAAGCGUGUGUGCUGUAUGAUGUGUGUUGUGUGUCGUGUGUAUGCUACGUGUGCGUUCCUGGCGCAAUAGCUUUACUUCUUCUGAAACGAAUGAAGAAGAAAAGCUUCCCUGAAUAAACCGGUCUGGUGUGGCCGGGGACCUCACGUACUUUAUUUCACUAUGCUUUGAGUGGAUUGAAUGAACUGUCCUGUUUUCUUUUCUUUUUUUUCUUUUGCGACAAGUGCGCGAAACACUUGUGAUGUACGCUCUGUGAUAAAGUGCAAUAAAAUAUUGCUUCACUAAAAGUGACUCACGAAUGCUGUAAUGGUAUCGGUGGUGGUUGUUAUGGUCUGGGCCCACCCCAUACGGGGUUGGCGCGGCCGUUUCGUCACACAAAGUGCAUUGCAACGUGUUUGUGAAGUUGCUGUUUGACUAAAAAUAAUCUGAAUGGAAUCACCUUCCUGCCUCGAUCGCCAGCAACCCUGAUGAUGCGUCAUUCAAGAUUGCCAUUUUAA